AUGUUGAGAGGCGGGAGCCCGGGCAGGAUGGAUCCCCGUGGAUCCGCCGUGUUCCCGCUCACCGGGAGCCUCCAUGCCGCUAUUCCCGGUGUUCCCGGUGCCCGGGGUCCCACCGGGAGCCUCCCGCGGGUCCCAGAAUGGCGGGGCUGGUUCAUCCGAGAGAACCUCCGCGCUACGCCCCCCGAGCUGCCCCUUUCCCUUCCCCGAGGGGCUCCUCCCCCCCGGGGGCCGCCCCAUGCCCUCCGCAUCGCUUUUGGGAGGCAAAUGGGGAAACUGAGGCACGAAGCGACAGGCGGGGCAGCACCCGGGGGCGUCCCACCCUCCGCUCUCCACUGGGGGGGCAAAGCCAGGUUUCGGGCGGCAGCGAACACCCCAUUCCGGGGCUCGCAGCUCCGGGGCUCGGGGGGCCGUUCCCGGGGUACCGAGGCGAGGCGGGCGGCGCUAGGACCCAGCAGCCGGGCGGUGCGGAGCAACCCUCGCCGCAGUGGCUCCAGCCCCGAGCAUCCCCCGCCACCCCGGGGACACCCCCCAGCCCCGACCCCUCCCCCGGCCGGAGCGGGGACCCGCGCCCUCAGCCGGCUCCAUGCAGACCCCCAGGCUCCACCUCCCCCCAGCGGCCCCCACCCCCACCCCUGGAGCACCAAGGAUGUGACCCUCUGGCGAUGCCCGGCUGCGCCGUACUCGCCGCCAGGCCGGCGGCACAGGAUGGAGCCCUUCCUGCCCUCCCCGUGGGGCUGGAAUGGCUCUAGAGGGGGGUCCCGGCCCCCCAACAGCACUGCCGAGGCCAAGCCCAAGGACGUGGCCUCCAAGUCUGUGGGGCUGUUCUUCAUGGUGCUGCUGGACCUCACGGCCAUCGUGGGCAACGCCGCCGUCAUGACGGUCAUCGCAAAGACGCCAGCGCUCCGCAAGUUCGUCUUCGUGUUCCACCUGUGCCUGGUGGAUUUCCUGGCUGCCCUCACGCUGAUGCCGCUGGAGAUGCUGUCGGGCUCAGCCGUGUUCGAGAGCCCAGGGCUGGGCGAGGCCGUGUGCCGCGUGUACCUGUUCCUCAGCGUGUGCCUCACCUCCAUGUGCAUCCUCUCCAUCUCGACCGUCAACGUGGAGCGCUACUACUACGUGGUGCACCCUCUGCGCUACGAGGUGCGGAUGACCGCGGGGCUGGUGGCCGGAGUGCUGGCUGGCGUGUGGCUCAAGGCUGUGGCCACCUCGCUGGUGCCCGUGCUGGGCUGGUUGUCCCCCGACCGCCCGCCAGCGCCCGGCGCUCACGGCUGCUCCUUGCAGUGGAGCCGUGGGCCAUCCUGCAAGGUCUUUGUGGUCUUCUUCGCCGCCUUCUACUUCGUCCUGCCCCUCCUCAUCAUCAUCGUGGUCUACUGCGGCAUGUUCAAGGUGGCACGGGUGGCAGCCAUGCACCACGGCCCGCCACCCACCUGGAUGGAGACGCCGCGCCGGCGCUCGGCGUCGCUCAGCAGCCGCUCCACCAUGGUCACCACCUCGGGGGCUCCUCGGACCACCCCGCAGAGGAUGUUCGGCGGGGGCAAGGCGGCUGCCGUGCUGCUGGCCGUGGGUGGCCAGUUCCUCUUCUGCUGGUUGCCCUACUUCUCCUUCCAGCUGUACACAGCUCUGAGCACUCGGCCCUUGGCCGGGCCGGCGGCUGAGACUGUGGUCACCUGGCUGGGGUUCUGCUGCUUCACCUCCAACCCCUUCUUCUACGGCUGCCUCAACCGGCAGAUCCGCGGGGAGCUCGGCCGGCUCCUCACCUGCUUCUUCAAGCAGCCCCCCGAGGAGGACCUGCGGCUGCCAAGCAGGGAGGGCUCCAUCGAGGAGAACUUUCUACAGUUCCUCCAGAGCACUGGGCGCCCUCCAGAGCCCCCCAGCUCCGAGCGGGACCUGCCCCCUGUGGAUUUCCGCAUCCCGGGGCAGAUUGAGGAGGAGGCGGCGGAGGGGAUGGAGUGGGGUGGGGAGAACGGGGUGUUCAUGCCCGUGGCGGGCUCUGCCAAAGCGGGGCUGUAG